UGCUCUUUGCUCCCUGCUCCCUGCUCGUCAUGCCAUGCAGAAAAUAGCCUGAUCCUCCGGCCGCCGUUUCUUCUCCUGCGUUUCUAAAGCCUUCCAAUUCAUCUGCCGCUGCCUGCGCCAACUGGAUUUCGUUGUAACCCAUAAUCAACCCAAAUAGCGGGAUACUCCCACGCUUCGCGCUCACACCCAUUCCACCCCUCCGUCUUCAUUUCAACCUGCCCUUCGCAGCGAACGUAUCCAAAGCAGUUCGAGUGAGAGGCCACGUGUUACAAGUAUCUCUGCCGGAAAUUGAAUCUGUUGUUACACAUCUGCUACGCUGUUCAACUAUCCAGCAUUUCAUACACUACGAGCGCGAUCCACCGACCCACCACCGCCGAUCAACACAACGAACUUGGAACCCCCUGUUUGUCAUCUGCUGCAGCCUCAUCAACUUGCGUUUUUGUUUGUUCCCUCUAGCAUCCAAUUGGGCCUGAUCUCUCUUCCUGGGUAGGGACAGGGGCAGCAUACAUUGGAUCCGCAGAGGCUUUGCAAUUCCUCUCUGUCUGUUCCCAGCCAGCGAUCUUCCCUCCUGUUCAAGGACGAGUGUCUUGGUGCCUCGUGCUCGCCCGCAAGCACGCUUUUGGUGCCUGAAACGUGUUACGAAUACUCCUAAUCGACUGCGUUGAUCGCUAAUCCAACGUCUUUCUCGGUACCUCUAUCGCGGCAGACGCCAACUUUUGGGCUACCUACUUAUCCAUAGACAGCUGUCAAAGCCCUAAACGGCUUGCUCUUCACGCUGUGUUCAGUUGGUCCAAGCGCACCCCGAUCCAACGUCCAAGCAACCCCCUGUCGCUCGAGAAACGCGCAGCUCGACCCUUGCGACCACAUCCGAGCCUUUCUCACAGACAGUGAGUGCCUCCACGGACCUAGGCACCGGAUACUCUGCCACCUUGCACAGCAACAACUCGGUUUUCCUUCACUCGGCUACCUUCGAUCGAGUACUCUUCACACUGGCUGCAACCAAUCUUGACGAAACACAACAUACUGAAUGACAAGAGAAUGCAUAUGCAAUCACGGGACUGACAACUGAUCGCGAGGAAUUUGUGGUGACGAGGUCUGGAAGAGGACAUGUCAGGACCUAAACCUCCGGUUGCGUUGAAAAACCAUUGCUCCAUCAUCCAUGAUGGUACCAUUUAUGUCUAUUCACCAGAUGCAUUCCAAACCCUAGAAUUGAAGGAAGGAGCACAGUGGAAGAAAGAGGACAACGGGGUAUCAGUGACCGGCGCAGUGUGUGUCAAGGGCGGCGUGGAUGGAGACAACUCAAAACCAGCGCUGUACGUUGUUGGAGGUGCCGCGAAUGCGUCCUCGUCGCAAUACCCAGGCUUGCAGCGUUAUUCGAUCUCCGACAAGUCCUGGGAGACCAUUACGCCGGUCGUCGCUGUCACUCAAAAUCGCCAGAACCAUGGAGCAGCCUAUAUGAACAGUUCUUCGUCACUACUCGUGUACGGAGGGUCUCAGGAUGGCAACACGGGGCCCUCGUCGGAGACGUUUUUGCUUGAAAUGUUUCCGCCGUAUAGGGUUCUAGCUUACAGCUCGAUUGCACCUCCGACAAAGAAGCCGGUUAUGCUUCCAUGGACAGAGGAACGCACACUCAUGGUAGGUGGCAGCACCACGAACGUCAAAGUCUUUACUUUCGGUCCUGCCAAUGGCUGGCAGGACCUUGGGUUAUCGCUGCCGUCGCCGCUGCCGGAUUCUACUGUGGCGCAAUCGGCGUUACUCACGCUGGACGAUAGCAGCAAAAUACUCCAAACCUUCGACCUGGGCGAGUCGCCCCCUAAUGUAACGACCAACGUUUUGUUGAACCCUGGCGGUCUCCCUGCAGCAUUCGGCGAGACCGCGGGAGGUGCGGCAACAACAGCGAGCCCUAGCACCACUUCGGGUGCUUCGUCGCAAGCAAAGAGAGCGAUAUACCUAUCCAACUUUCCAACAUACAAUGAUACUCUAGCACCGUCAGCCACCCGUUCUGGGUUUAGCUUGUCACAGGGCGAUAAUGGGUUGAUAGCCUUACUUGGCGGUAAUGACGAUGACCCUGUGGUAUUCUUUAAUCAGAGCGCGAACAGCUGGAUCGACGCCACUCAAAUCCUGGGGGAGCAACAAACCCCUCUGGCUACACCUUCAAGCACACAGCCGUCGACCAGCGCGACCUCCACGGCGACCCAUGCGGCAGCAUCGGGGUCAUCUCACAAGACUCCGGGGUUGACGAUUCUGGGUGCUGUUCUAGGUGCCAUUUGCGGUGUGGCGGCGAUUUUGAUCAUCCUCCUUCUCUGGAUGAGAGCGGUCCGGAGAAGAAGGGCACAAAGAGAGAAACAGGGCCAGUAUCAGGAUGACAAGCGGAGAAGCGAUGAAUUCAACCAUGAGGAAAGGGGCUUAAAGCCGUUGUCUAAAGCCGGCCAGCCUAUGGGGAGAAGCCCGGUACCAUCGACAGUGGUAACCGAGGCAGAUAGCACGGCCAUGUUUGGUGGUAGACCAGAUCCUAAACAUCUGAUCCGGCGAGUCUCCUCAGAUCGGGUCCAGUCCGCAGCUCGCGGGUCUGGUUUAGCGUUUGGGCAGGCCUUGUUCAAGCGCGACAGGGAAAAAGGCUCGCUCACCAUCUCUAAACCGAUGAUGCCGAAUCUUGGCGACUACGAGGCAAGACCCAGUAUCGAACUAGGCAGAGCUACUCCUGCCGAAGAAGUAAUCCCCGAAACAACCCCUGCGAGAAAGGCAUCUCAGCGGAAGACCAAUGAAGGCUGGGGAAAGUAUUUCCAAGGAGAACCUCUUCCAGGUAAUCGGACAACCUUUGUCUCGCGCAGCUCGGUAGGCACGACGCGCAACAAGAGCGAGUUCUGGCCGGGCUCAGGAGUACCCCAGGACUCACCCCGAUCGCCCAAAUUCGUCUUGCGAGACAGUGCUGGCAAUCGGCUUGAUACGCAAAACGUCGCCGCGGGAAGUCCUAGUCUAGAGUAUGGACCUGUCGACGCUCAAAGUCGAGGCUUUCAGGCGAGAGUGUCUAGGGCAAGCUCGGCCGCCACCACGGACACCAACUAUGACGACUACGAAGACGAACAGGUUGACGGAGCAUUUUCUAGUGGGAUCCCAGCCAGCAUUCAUGAUACAGCUUGGACACCUGUCGGCAACACGUGGUCAGGUCCUGCUCAGCGGCCCUUGAAGCCAUCAAAUAGCUACCUGGCGGCGCAAACACAGGCCAACGCGUUGCAAACCCCAGCAUCGAAUGAAACGGGCGACAGCUCAGGAACUCAAAACUCAUCCAUACCCUCUUUUCCUCUGCCGAAUUCAAUGCUGUCUGAGCCGCCAGCCAAUGGAGCAAAAUGGGCCGGAGCAACACAGUCUACUAGUCAGAGGGAAGCUUCGGAUUACUUCAGUCACAGCCGAGCACGCAGUGGCACUCCCGACAACACCGACAUGUCAUGGCUUAAUCUUGGGACGCCGCCACGGUGACUAUCGAACCGGUUCUCACGGAUGCUCUAUCAAUUCCUGCUUGAUGAUGUCGCGCGCAAACCUGGUGCAGGUGCAAGCGCAGCCAGACCACAUGCGGCGAGGGUCGACGCCGUUGAGGGCCGAGAUGAAGAAGAUGUCAUAACAAAGACGCCGAGUCUAUUUCGUACUCGAUCCACUCCUCGACGAACUCGAGAGUUACACUACCACCCGCUUUAGGGACAGGGCCGAAGACAAGAGAGUUCGAUUUGGAUCGAUGACAGUGUCCCUGCAUCACCGACCAUUCCUCUGAUGGCGCGGGUGGUAUCCGGGCGUUCGGAGCUCGAAAGGAGCAAGAGGUUGACUAUGUGAAGGGUAUGCAGCACAGCAAAGUUGGGUAAUGAUACUAUCCACUGUCAUUUUGGGCUAUGUUGUUGAGAUACCUAUGUUUCUCAAUCAAGAGCAGAGAAAGAGAAAGAGAAAGAGAGACAGAUGUCGAACGUUGGACACCUGGGAGUUGGAUGAACGAGAUGUUCCAGAUCCGGGGAGGUAAUGAUGAUGCCGUCAUGUAUACCAAUCAGUGUAACAGUAACAGUACCCUGAAGGCAUGAUAAUAUUUAAUGAAUCCCACAGAUUGGCAUCCCCAGUUCAAGUUCGUCAUUGUUAAUUGUAGUAUUGGAUCUGGCAGUGUCUUACAGGACUUUCUACCUAGCUGAGUACGCUAGAUACUGGCAGUAGAUGAACUGAGUUGUACCACGAAGCAGCUCGCCAGUGACGCAGGUACUUUACUGUAGUCGUCGGCGGGCCCCUCUUCUAGAAGGGC